AUCUGUUUGAAGUUGAGAGAUUGGGGUGAGCGUGAGGAAUGCCUUCCAAACAUAGCCUAACAUAUCAUGCAAAACAUCCGUUUUCAGCAAAAGGAAAUACUAUUAAGCUUAAGUUAAUUUAAUGUUCAAACACUUCCUCACAAGAAGAAGAAGAAGAAGUAAGGGAUCCAGUUUGUUGAUAUCAUUAUGGAAGAUGACCCUCACGAUAAAAAUGAGCAAACCGAAUGUCCAGACCCGCCACCGGGCUUGAACUUCGACGCCAUUAUACCAUCWAAUUUUGGAAAUGAAUACGAGGUAGCUUAUCCCUAUGCUAGCGAUAAUAGACCAGAGCAUGUCAACAAGUUGCURCCGUCUCAUGAAAAACACAAGUCUAAAGUAUUCAUAAGACGUCAUACRCAAGGACGCAGACAUGCAAUGGAAAGAAAACUCAGAGAGGCAGCCAAUGAAUGUGACUGGGGUACUUUGUGUAAACUAAUCGAUGACGGCGUCGAUCCCUCUUGUGCUGACUCAAAAGGGAGGACYGCAUUACACUAUGCUGCAACACAUGGCAAUGAAGCAAUAGUUAAAACAUUAAUAGAUCAUAAUGCUAAUACAAAUGCAAGGGAUUUAAAUGGAAACACACCUUUACAUCUUGCUGCUUGUUCUAAUCAGGUUAAAAUUGUGACACUUUUGCUGCGUGGAGGCACAGAUAUCAAUGCUCUGGACUAUACUGGACGAACACCAUUUGAUGUUGCAGUUUCUCGCCUCAGAAUGCUCCAAAGUGAUAAAAAYGUUCGAGCAGUUCAGUCAAAGUACAGAGAUGAAGUAAAACAAAUCAUUGAUAUGUUAAAAGAAUACUUGUAUCAAACAGGCCUCAGAAAUGAACAAAAAGAGCUUGAUGACUUGUGCACAAGGUUYUCUUCAACAACAACUGUUGAACAAAUUGAUGAAGUGCAUGAUUUAUUGGCUAGUUUUACAUCAUUAAGCRUGUCAAGAGAUCCUGGUCAAUAACCAAGGUCUUAUAACAAGCAACAGGAGACAGGACAGGGAAAGCAGAUAAAAAUAACAAAGCUCUAGAAUUAUUGAAUAUUUUUUCAAUCAUAUUAUUAAAAGGACACAUUGUGAA